CAAGUAUUCCGAGGCCGUCAGGCCUCGCAAUGCCGAACAGAACAAUUUCUUCACAAACUGAACCCAUCUCCAGCGACUGAGCCGUUCCUCGACCGUAGACAUUCCAAACCCUAACCAACCUUCAGUUAGCUUCAUCUCGGUCACAGCUCUAUCCAGCUUACGCUCGAGCUCGUCAAUGGCGGUGAGGAUGACGAUCCUCUCAAGGACCAGCUUCUUCCACUGUAAAACCCUAAGCCCUACGUUCAUUCGUCUUAUCUCCGGCUUUCCAUUCCUCUCUCAGGAGCCGUAUUUGCAAGAGAUCCCUCCUGAAGCGAGCCCUCUUCCUCCCAAUCCGUCAUCGGGAAGCCCCUUCUACCAGGAGAACUGGCGAAAUCCUAGUGUUGGUUCUGCAGCACUCGGCGGUCAUUCGCUUGUUCCGGUUGGGUUCGAUCACUCCAGCGCUCGCAUAAUGGCAUUCUCGCAGACGUUGGACUUGGCUAGCCUAAUGUCCGUGUUUGCAGAUUGGAUGCUUUCGCAGCGGUGGUCCGAUUUGAAACAGCUAUUCGAAUUCUGGAUCAGGUCGCUGGACGCCAGUGGGAAACCAAACAGGCCUGAUGUGAACCUCUACAAUCAUUACUUGAGGGCUAAUCUGAUGAUGGGAGCGUCUGCCGGUGAGCUGCUUGAUCUUGUCGCACAGAUGCAGGAAUACGAGAUCUCACCCAACACUGCAUCGUAUAAUUUGGUGCUCAAGGCCAUGUAUCAGGCAAGGGAAUAUGAGGCCGCCGCAAAGCUUCUUGACCGGAUGCUGCUAACCGGUUGUAUGCCGGAUGAUGAAUCUUACAAUUUGGUUAUUGGUCUUCUACUCUUGAAGAAUCAAAUUGAUUCUGCAUUGAAAUACUUGGAAAUGCUUCUCAAAUCUGGCUUCAUGCUCUCAUCAAGUGUAUUUACAGAAUAUGUACAAAGCUGUGUUAGCACUGGGAAGUUGGACACAUUAGCUUUAAUUAUAGAAAAAUGCAAGACAACCGAUCAAAACAAAGCCUUAUCUCCGACUUGGAAACUGUGCAACUACAUUGCAGACGUUGCAAUGCAAGCGGAUCAUAGUAAACUUGCUUUCUUUGCCUUGGAAUUUUUGGCUCGUUGGAUAGCUCGUGGUGAGAAUGCACGCCCUCCUAUUCUUCUUUCCGUGGAUGAAGGAUUGGUAGCUUCAGCCCUUGCUACUGCAGGCAGAACGUUUGAUUCUACUCUUAUAGAUGCUUCUUGGUCUAUACUGAAGCGCUCUCUUCGCCAAAAGAGGGCACCAAAUCCAGAGACUUAUCUUGCAAAAAUUUAUGCAUAUUCGUCCCUAGGAAAUCUGCAACGUGCUUUUAGUACUCUGAAUGAGCUCGAAACAACCUAUGGGAACUCUGAGGAUGUUGAUAAUGAGUUGUUUUCUCCUUUUACUUCUUUAGGCCCGUUGGUUACUGCUUGCUGCAAGAAUGGAUUCUCAACUUUGGACUCGGUUUAUGUUCAGUUGGAGAAUUUAAGUAAUUCAGAUCCUCCUUACAAGUCGGUUGCUGCUCUCAAUUGUGUUGUAUUAGGUUGUGCUAACAUAUGGGAUCUCGACCGGGCAUAUGAGACGUUUGAGGCAAUAGCUGAAAAGAUUGGAUUAACACCUGAUAUACAUUCAUACAAUGCUCUCAUGUGCGCAUUUGGAAAAGUUAAAAAGACAUCAGAGGCUUGUAAAGUUUUUGAGCAUUUAGUCAGUUUGAGCGUCAAACCUAAUGCCACAACAUAUACAUUGCUUGUGGAUGCACAUCUUGCCAACCGAGAUCCCAAAGCUGCUCUUCUUGUGAUAGAUGAAAUGGUUGAUGCAGGAUUCACACCCUCAAAGGAGAUGCUUAAGAAGGUCCGAAGACGAUGCUCUCGUGAGUUAGACGUCGAUAGUGAUGAGCGGUUACAAUCUCGGGUUCAUCAAUUCGGUUAUAUGAUGGGCGGUGAAGGUCGAAGGGAGCUGCUUUAUAACCUAAAUUAUGGAUCAAACUACUAGGCCAAUGCUAAUUUUUAAGUUUUCUAGUACAAAAAUUUGGUGUCCCGCCCAAGAAAGAGACCCAAGUCCUAGUAACCCCGCUAAGUGGUGAUUCAACAUAGAUUCUACAUCUUGGAACCAAGCCAAUUUGGGAGCGGCUUUGUGAUAAUGGAACCAACCAGCAAAAAGCAUUAACGAUGCAAAGACCAAUGCACCAAUUGCGGUACAAUAGAGUUGUAAUUCACUAGUGAUUCCGGAUGCUCGCCAAAUCUGAAAAAAAAAAAAAAAACAGGGAUUAUUUGUAUUCCUCGGAAGCCAUCUCCCACAACAUCCCCAUUCAAUAUUUCUUGACCUACUACUGGCCAAACUACUUGGACAUUGGUUGCAAUAUGAGUAGGAUCACUUAAAAAGUAAAUAUCCGGAAUGCAUAUACUUAA